GGGUUGGGCAUCAGCCGCGUCCUCCUCUUCUCCUUCUCCAAGGCCGCUGCUCGCCCCGGCUCCUUCCUGCUCGCCUUGCACGCCGCGAAGCGCACGAAGAUGGCGGCUCAGAGCCUCCUGGCCCGCUUUGCUCGUUGCCUCCCCGGCUCCGGCACGGCGCAGCUCCUCCGUCGAGCCCCGGCCAAGAGCUGUGGCUGCUAUUUUUCAACAAGCAACCACCUCAACACCCAGUUUUAUAAUGAUCCGGUGGAAGCAGUAAAAGACAUACCCAGUGGGGCCACUCUCCUCGUUGGUGGUUUUGGGCUCUGUGGCAUUCCCGAGAACCUCAUAGGAGCACUGUUGAAGACUGGUGUAAAAGAGAUAACCGCUGUCAGUAACAAUGCAGGGGUAGACAAUUUUGGACUGGGACUCUUACUCCAGACAAAGCAAAUCAAACGCAUGGUGUCGUCCUACGUUGGGGAGAAUGCAGAGUUUGAGCGGCAGUAUUUAUCAGGAGAACUGGAGGUUGAGCUUACGCCACAGGGCACCCUGGCUGAGCGCAUUCGAGCAGGAGGAGCGGGCAUCCCAGCUUUCUUCACCAGCACGGGGUACGGGACUUUAGUGCAAGAAGGAGGGGCUCCGAUCAAAUACAACACAGACGGGACUGUUGCCAUUGCCAGCGAGCCCAGAGAGGUGAGGGAGUUUGAUGGGCGACACUAUAUUAUGGAAAAGUCGAUAACGGGGGAUUUUGCACUAGUGAAGGCGUGGAAAUCUGAUCGUGCCGGGAACAUUAUCUUCAGGAAAACUGCAAGAAACUUUAACCAGCCCAUGUGUAAAGCUGCCAGGACAACUAUAGUAGAGGUAGAAGAAAUUGUGGACGUUGGUUCCUUUGCCCCAGAAGAUAUUCAUGUCCCCAAGAUCUAUGUCCAUCGUCUCAUCAAAGGGGGAAAGUAUGAAAAAAGAAUCGAGAGGUUGUCGCUACGCAAAGCUGAAGAUAGCGAAGGCAAGCAGAAGAAAGAUGGCGAUAACGUAAGAGAGAGGAUCAUCAGGCGAGCGGCCCUUGAAUUCGAGGAUGGCAUGUACGCUAACCUGGGUAUUGGAAUCCCACUGCUUGCGAGCAACUUCAUCAGUCCAGACAUAACUGUUCAUCUACAGAGUGAAAAUGGAGUCCUUGGCUUGGGACCUUACCCAUCUGAAAACGAAGUUGACCCUGACCUCAUCAAUGCAGGCAAAGAGACGGUCACUGUGCUUCCAGGGGCUUCCUACUUCUCUAGCGAUGAAUCUUUUGCAAUGAUUCGAGGGGGACAUGUUGAUCUGACAAUGCUUGGAGCGAUGCAGGUGUCUAAAUAUGGUGACCUAGCCAACUGGAUGAUUCCUGGUAAGAUGGUGAAAGGCAUGGGAGGUGCCAUGGACUUGGUGUCCAGCUCAAGAACUAAAGUGGUCGUCACUAUGGAGCACUCUGCAAAGGGCAAUGCCCACAAGAUUUUGGAGAAAUGCACUUUGCCAAUUACGGGAAAACAGUGUGUGAACCGCAUCAUAACAGAAAAGGCUGUGUUUGAUGUCGAUAAGGAAAAGGGACUGACGCUGAUUGAAAUCUGGGAAGGGCUGUCCGUGGAUGACAUCAAGAAAAGCACCGGUGCUGAGUUCACAGUUUCGCCAAAGCUGUCGCCAAUGAAGCAGAUUUCGACUUGAGAAGUCGACUGGGCUUAACGUCCACGCUUCCAGUGAAGGGGAAUCAAAUGUCUGUUUUGCAAUUAUGCAUUUUAAAGAGGUCUUUGUAAAGUAGUUCCUUUGGUAGUUAGCGUUCAGGCUGACUAUGUAACUAGAACUAUGUAAAUGUUUAUUCGCAAGCAACAGUGCAGUUUCCAAAAAUAAAUCCUAGCUGGUACCUAGAUAUUUAUAAUUACCACACUGCAGGUUUGACUGCAAAUAAACACUGUCAAGAGACAAUA